CGUUUUGACUGUCCAACAACAUUGUGCUUCUGUUUUCGCUUCAGCGGCGUCUGUUGCACGUGUAAAGAAAAUUUUUGUGGUCUGUCCGCGUUUCCGAUCUGUCGUUUACAGUAGCAAAAUGGCCAAGGUGAAAGCGACGCAGAAGGCCGCCAAAAUGAAGCGGAUGAUCAGCUUGCGGGACCAGAGGCUAAAAGAAAAGGAUCGUCUCCCUCCCAAGAAGAAGAAAAAGGAGGACCCUCAUGCCAUCAAAGUUUCCGAAGCGCCGCACUACUCCUCGGCGCUGUUCUUCAAGUACAACACACAGCUAGGACCUCCGUUCAGGAUCCUCAUCGACACAAACUUCAUCAACUUUGCCAUCAAAAACAAGCUGGAUGUCAUCCAGUCAAUGAUGGACUGCCUGUAUGCCAAAUGCAUCCCGUACGUCACUGACUGUGUCAUUGGUGAACUUGAGAAGCUGGGGAGCAAGUACAGGGUCGCUCUCAGGAUAGCCAAGGACCCAAGGUUCGUCCGACUUCCCUGCAUGCACCGAGGCACAUACGCUGACGACUGCCUCGUAGAGAGGAUCACGCAGCACAAGUGCUACAUCGUGGCCACGUGCGACAAAGACCUGAAACGUCGGAUACGCAAGGUGCCAGGUGUCCCCAUCAUGUACAUAUACCAGAGGCGGUUUUCUAUUGAACGAAUGCCAGAUGCGUAUGGUGCUCCUAAAAGUGUAAAGUAGCUGAGAAGAGAUCUGUUUUGGGAUUUGUAAUAAUAAAAGACCGAUUUGAGGACAA